CGGCAUUGGGAGUGCACAUUGCUCUUGUCCCGUAUGUGAAUGGCUCUCGUGCCGAUACUGAGGGCGCUGUGCUGAUGGAAGAGCCCAAGAGUUUAAACGGCAAAAGUGAACGGGAGCUCGUCUCAGCGGAGUCGAAUCUUGCACUUGCUUCACUUUUUUCCCCUCUGCCUCUCUCUCUCUCUCUUUCUCCCUCCUCUCUCAGGUCGAAACUAACCGCGACACAAGUGGCAGCUUUUGCAACAGGGGGUUUUAAGGAUAUUACAAUCUUCCUAAGCAUGCCGAGCCCUCCUCGCAGCUCGUAAAUCCGCCUCAGUUUUGCUUCGCACUGCCACAUGCCUCACGGCGGAUGCCAGCGCGCAGCGCGGAGCGGAGAAUGAACCAAGCGCGAGUUUUGUAACGCAUCCGGACGACUUUUUCUAUCCAUCUUUUUCUAUUCAAAUGACCGCAAGAUGAAAUAAUCGCUCCUCUCAGCGCUUCAUCACCACAGUUUCACUCAUGGCUCUGUGAAAUCUCCGUGCGCUUCCAUCCAUCCGUCGUCGGGACUUUUUUUGUCUAAGGCUGCACUUAAAGAUAAUGCCGAAAGUUUGGAUAUACGGCUUUAACAGUACAGAAGGCUACAGUAGAUGUGUGUAACUCGAGGCGGGGUUAAAGUUCAGCUCUAUGGAGCGCUGAAGCGUCGCGCGCACUUCGCAGAGUUGGAAAUGUGAAAGCAAGAAGCAAGGCUUUAUUUUCCCUCUCUCCCUUCUUCUCUGUCUCUUUUUUUUCUCUUUUCAUACACACAUAUACAUACACACCCCAUACAUUCACAUACACACACCCUCUCUCACACACGCACACACACACACACAUACACACACACACACACACACACACACACAACAUAUACAUCGCCAAUUCAGGAGUUAAAACCGACAGAUAUGUAUUCUCCGCUAUGCCUAACACAGGAUGAAUUCCAUCCUUUCAUUGAAGCACUGCUGCCCCAUGUGAAAGCGUUCGCCUACACUUGGUUCAACUUGCAGGCCCGCAAGAGAAAAUACUUCAAGAAGCACGAGAAGCGUAUGUCUAAGGAAGAGGAGCGAGCCGUGAAGGACGAACUGCUCAGCGAGAAGCCGGAGGUCAAGCAGAAAUGGGCAUCGCGGCUGCUGGCCAAACUCCGCAAGGACAUCCGGCCGGAGUUCCGUGAGGAUUUUGUGCUCACUGUCACCGGGAAGAAGCCCCCUUGCUGUGUGCUCUCCAACCCCGACCAAAAGGGCAAGAUCAGGAGAAUCGACUGCCUGCGUCAGGCGGACAAAGUGUGGCGCUUGGACCUGGUCAUGGUGAUUUUAUUCAAAGGUAUUCCGCUUGAAAGUACUGACGGCGAAAGGCUGGUUAAGUCUCCGCAGUGUUCGAAUCCAGGGCUGUGCGUGCAGCCACAUCACAUAGGAGUUUCCGUAAAGGAGCUCGACCUGUACCUGGCAUACUUUGUCCAUGCAGAAACAGGGCAGUCUGAAAGUCCGAACCAGCCCAGUGAAAGUGACAUCAAAGACCAGCCGGAAAAUGGGCACCUUGGCUUCCAGGACAGUUUCAUCACAUCAGGUGUCUUCACCGUCUCUGAGCUUGUGCGAGUCUCACAGACCCCCAUCGCAGCAGGGACGGGGCCCAACUUCUCGUUGGCAGACCUGGACAGCUCUUCCUACUACAGUAUGAGCCCUGGGGCCAUGAGGCGCCCCCUACCCAGCACUUCUUCUAGCAGUUCUGCAAAGCGUAUCAAAUGCAUGGAGGAUGAGGUGGACAGCCCGGGAGAGGAGUCCUACUACCCAGGUCAGGGACGCUCGCCCGGAAGCGUUAGCCAAGCCAGCAGCUGGCACGAAGUAGAGCCAGCUGGAUAUAAACUGCGUGGCUCGCUAGCUAGUUCGUUCAUCUCAAGACAAGGGAUGCCAUCGCCUACCACAUUAAAGAAGUCAGAGAAGUCUGGUUUCAGCAGCCAUGUGCCUUCGCAGACCGCUUCCCCUCGAACGGCAUUCACACACCAUCAUCGACCUGUCAUUACAGGACCCAGAGCGAGUCCUCACGCCACGCCGUCAAGUCUUCAUUUCCCAACAUCGCCAAUCAUCCAGCAGCCUGGCUCGUACUUCUCCCACCAUGCCAUCCGCUACCACCCCCAGGAAUCACUCAAGGAGUUUGUCCAACUUGUCUGUCCUGACAGUGGUCAGCAAGCUGGUCAGGUGGGCUUCCUUAAUCCCAAUGGGAGCAGUCAGGGGAAGGUGCACAACCCGUUCCUGCCCACUCCCAUGUUGCCACCUCCUCCACCUCCCCCGAUGGCGCGACCCGUGCCCCUGCCCGUGCCAGACUCCAAACCUCCCUCCACCUCCACAGAGGGAGGCGGCAACUCCCCCACCUCGCCAACCUACUCCACGCCGAGCACGUCUCCCGCUCAGCGCUUUGUCAGCGUGGGCCCCAGAGACCCCAGCUUUGUAAAUAUCCCUCAGCAGCCUCAGUGGUACCUGGGCUAAAGACUCCCGACACGGACCGGACGCUCCCGAGGUCACACGACCACCCCCUCUGUCUCCCCUGAGUACGACCCGCAAACAUGUACACCAGUCUGAACAGAGAGAAGCCACUUGCUGCCCCAGUACAGACCCACAGCAUGGCUCCAGCAGAACCCCGCCAAGCCCUGGAACAAGAGGAACCGAAUCAAUGCGCUUACACCCACUUACUAUAUAUCUAUAUAGUCCAUAUGUAUUCUUCCAUAUGUAUGGUUUACAUGCCUAUAUUCAUAUAUAGUAGCUGUCCAGCUCUUCUGAGGGUGGAGCUCGGAAAAAAAAUGAAGAGCUUUGUUUUUUCGGAAAUGUGCACGUUUUUUUUUGUUUGUUUGUUUUUUUUGGUUCACCCUCACAGAUAGAUGAGGAAAACAUAACAUGACGCAAUCAAAGAGCUUCCCGCAUUUGUGCCUGUGGUCUUAAACUGAAUUCUAAGGCGUUUCCAACACAGUCUAUGGCCAAGGGUCGCAAACCCACAACCACCUGGAGGUCGGAGCUCUGCCUUUCAAUCACUCGUGUUUUGACGGAUCAAUCCGGUUUCCUUAUCGGUGAAUGUUGGAGGUUUCGCUUGGAUCAGAUAUGCCACCAGCUAAAAUCUCUAUUGCGUCUUCUGGCCAGGACCAUUUCCUCCCCUUACACUAUCAUCAUCACCACCAUCAAUACCAUCUCAGAUCAAGAACUGUCAAGGACUUAACCGAACCCAAUUUUUUUCAGUUGUUUUGUGUCAUUUGGGGGCAAGCGAUGAAGUCAUGAACGGUGAUGUUUGAAAUCAGGUCAUUUUACGGUAUGCUAACGGGAGAUCUCCCCACUUGGAGGCAUGUUCAUAUUUUGUGUUUUUCGUACAAAAAAUAUUGCGAUUCUACUAAACCCCAGCGGAAGGUCUGUCGCAGGCCAAGGGCCUAGUAAAUGUUCAAUCUUCCAUAAACUUCAAGAAAAGGUUAACAGUGAAUACUGAAUUGAGGAAAGUGCAAUUUUGUUGGGUAGAUGUUGGAUUGUUAAAUAUCUUUGUAAGCUAGAUCGUUAAAGCGAUUGUUGAAAAGUAUAUAUAUAUAAAUAUAUAUAUGUAUAUAUAUAUAUAUAUAUAUAUAUAUAUAUUUCUUCCUAGUCCAUUCACACCUCCAGGACUCUAAAAUAUCGGGGUACAAAAAAGAAAAAAAACACAUAAAGAGAAAAUUAGAACAAAUAGCCUUGUGAGAAAUAAGGGGAGCUGUAAUUGAUUUUUCUGUUGUUGUUUUUUAUGUGUUUGUUUGUUCAUCUUUUGUUAGCAUUGUAGAACAAAUAUCCCUUUAAGAAAUUUCAACGUUUAAACAAUCAAUUUAGUUUUCAAAAUGCUACAGCAGUUAUUUUGAUUUAACCGAGCACAUACUGAAAUACAUACUGUAAGAAAAAUAGUCAUUUGCGAAAUCAUGAAAGUAAAUAUUGACUGUUUAAGUUUGUUUGAACAUGAAAGGCGAAAUACUGAACUAACUUCCUUGUAGACACUUAUGAAAGUGUCGUGCAAAAAUGUGAAGAUCAAAAAAUGCAUCCAGCUUCUCUCGCAUGCAAUUUUUGUUGCUUUUUUUUUGAGUUUCAUUUUUUGUUUGUUUCCUGUACGAAACAUAUAUAGAUAUAUAUAAAUAUAUACACUUACAGUCUCAUCCACCGUCGAACAAAGCUCAGUAAAGUUUUUUUUUUAAAUUAAAGAAAAUAAUCUGCAUGUUCUAGUGUUAGUGACAAAUUUUAACAUAGAUUACGUAGAGUUAAAGUAGUGUGAAAAAUAUUGUAAUCCCAACAUCGGGCACUUGCCGAUCAAGUAUUUGUUUGGUCAAACAAAAGGGUAUUUUUACUGCUGUUCUCACAAUCAACCAGCUAAACAUCUCUCUGACUCUUCUUAGCUUGUCGUCAUUUCUAUAAAGUCUCCCUUCCUCCUUUAUUCCCGUCAGAACAAUCAUUUUCAUAUGUACACACGUCAUCGCCCCUUUCAAACUGCACGAACAAUUCCACAUCGAUGUGCCUUGAGCGAUGGUCUAGUUCUGAGUUAUUGCACAAGCUGCAAUGUGGAGACUUUUUUUACCACACCUUCCACAUGUAGUCAAUUUGGAGAGUGUGAAAUUAGUGUUAAUUGAUAAUACACAGUGUUGCUCUCCAUUUAACUACAUAUCGCCACUUUCAGUUAUCCAUUGCUUCGAAAAUCCCAUGGUUUACACUUCACUUCAGAAAAAGUAUAAUAUGAAGGUUUUUAUGUCAUCAAGCCCUUUUUCUCUGAUUUAUCAGUAGUAGAUUGAUAUUUAUGGAUGUUGCUGCAAUUUCUAAAUGACGACUACUUUUUCUUUUCAGUCUUCCUUUUUUUCUGUUCCCAGAGACGAAUAAUGAUAAUAAUGAGAUUAAUAUGCAAUACUUGCUUGCACUCAUGUAGAUUUUUUUUUUUCUUCACUUUCAUUUUUUUACGACCAAAGUGAGCACUUGACAGGUCAAGUGGCUGAACGUCAGUGUGUUUCUCAUGCACAUGACACGAAAAAACGCCAUUGAUCAGCCUCACUUGGGUUUCACGCAACCAGUCAUCAGUGUUUCCGUAUAUUUUGUGUUUUUCGGUCAUAAUCAAGCCUUAAAAACAAGGAAACUUCCUUUCAAUCAUAAACACGCAAAAGCGAACACGUCCAGGACAAAAAAUAUGCCCAGUUUUUGUACAUUUUGACAAAGUUCCAUGUUAUAUUAAUUGUUUACCUGUUUAUUUUCUAUUGCAUAUAUCAUAUAAGAAAAAAAAAUUAUGGGGACGAAUUUCCCAGACAUAUGAUGUGAUGGUUUAGUAGUUACACUUGUGUGUGUGUGUGUUUUUAUUAUUUUUAUUUUUGUCAUUGUUCUUGCCUACCCUUUAGAAAUGAGUUGGGCAUUACUUUCUUAAUUGUCUGCACUAAAUAUAAAAAAAUGAAAAUUGUGAUAAUUUAGAAAAAAAUACAGAAGAUAAAGCUUCCAGGACUUAAAAGUGCGAAGGGAAACAUGAUUGCACGGAUAUUUUUUUGUCACAGAGACCUUGUUUAGAGCAGCCUGGCAUCUAAUCAGCGAGAUUGGCUGUGUGUGUAAAAUAAUGACAAAAUUGCACCCUUUUUAAAGAAAGAAAAAAAGAGAAAAAUAGUUUUUAAGCAAUAGUUUGGGCAGUCUGUUUUGUUCUCGUGUUGUGUGUGUAAUUAAGUUUUUUGGUACAGCAUUGGAGAAGAUGCAGGAGAAGCGAACAAACUGAAUGGAUUAGAUACGAGAGUUAGGGCGGACACACCCGAGUAUGGGAGAUUUGAUGUUUGUAUAUUGUAUAGUUUUAUUAAUUACACUGAUUUUAAAGCUGCCCUAUUUUAUAAUGCAGGACUUUUGUAACAUUGAUUAAAUGAGGAAAAACUAGCGUUGUGAAUUUUCUGAUUGUUUGUAUUAAGGCCACAAAUAUAGAACUGGUUUUGUUUGUCCUCUGGGGAACUGGAUUUAAGUUGAAAACUUCCUGUUUCCUGUUUUUCUUUCUUUUUGUUGCUUUUUGCUUUCCUUUUUGUAUGUAUUUAAGGACUUAUUUCUUCUUUCGAUGGUAUAGAAGUAAUCCUAUACUUGAAAAGUGUAGGAUGUUGAGGUGAAAACCCCAUUGUAAAUGGAUGUUACAAGUAUGCUGUAUGUUUUGAAGGUUAUUUGUUGCAUCAGUGUUGAUGAAGCUAAAUCUAGAUAUUCUGAGGAUGUUGGUAAGAAGAGAACGUUUUUAUGCAUUUUAAAAUUAGUUUUAGGCAGAAGACAAUGACAUAGACAGCCAAAGGAUGCCCCUAUUAUAAAUGCAUCUAGGCAUCUUUUUGUGUUCACCAUUCCAUGCAGGAAAAUAAACCGCUUGAUAUGCAA